AUGUUUUCACCAUCGUCCAAGACCAUCGCUCUCCUCGGGCUUCUAGCUCAUGCUUCGUUCGUUUAUUCCCAGCCAGACGCCCUCAUCCGCGAUGUUGCUAUCAUAGGUGGCGGUGCCUCGGGCACAUUCGCAGCGAUCAGACUUCGCAACGAAGGCAAAUCCACCAUUCUCAUCGAGAAAGAAGCCAUCCUGGGCGGCCAUACAAACACAUAUCAAGACCCGGUUACGAAGGUAAACGUGGACUACGGCGUGGAAGUCUUCCACAAUCAGGAGGUUGUCAAGGAUUAUUUCAACAAGCUGAAUGUAUCCUGGGCCAUCGCAUCGGACUUUGGUGGUGUAGGCACGCCAGUAUACCUGGACGGCAACACGGCACAAAAGAUUGCCUACACCAGUCCUGAUCCUCGGGCUGGGCUUUACGCAUAUGCAACGCAUCUAGCUCAAUAUGCGCAGCUGGAAUAUGGAUUCUUCCUCCCCGAGCCUGUCCCAGAGGAUCUCUUGCUACCGUUCGGAGCCUUUCUCGACAAAUACCCGGACAUUGGAAAUGCGGCGUUCACUAUAUUCAGGUUCGGGCAGGGACUGGGCGAUUUCCUCUCGCAGCCAACGCUGUACGUGUUCAAGAAUUUUGGUCUGGAUAUUAUCCAAGAUAUCUCGACUGGAUUCUUGGUGGUGACGAGCCAGAAUAACUAUGAGAUCUACGACCACGCCACCAAAAUUCUCGGGUCGGACGUGCUGCUCAGCAGCACGGUGGUAUCCACGCGCCACCGAGACCAGAAAGGCGGAGUCCUGCUAGAGGUGCAAACACCCUCCGGUCGUCGAAUCGUGAAAGCCAAAUCACUCUUGAUCACUAUUCCCCCGAAGCUGGGAAACCUACGCGCCUUUGACCUGGAUGACCGCGAGACUGCUCUCUUCGGCGCGUUCCAGAACACGGGCUAUUACACGAGUCUGGUGAAGAACACCGGUUUACCGGCGGGCUUUAGCUCGCUCUCCGUGGGCGCCGAUACCCCAUACAACAUCCCCGAUCUACCGGGCGUUUACACGGUGGAUUCAACCGCGAUCGAGGGCGUCUUCGACAUUAAGUAUGGUAGUCCGCACGGUCUGUCAGAUGACUUUGUGCGAGGAGAAAUACUGUCGUACGUUAAGAAAUUGCAGGCUAAUGGGUUCGCGGAGAAGGUUCCCGGGGAGCCGGAGUUUGUGCGGUUCAAUAGCCAUACUCCGUUCGAGUUGACGGUGUCGCAGGAUCUGAUUUCGGGUGGGUUUUAUGAGCGGCUGUAUGGGUUGCAGGGUUAUCGGGGGACUUGGUAUACAGGCGCUGCGUUCCAUACGCAGGAUUCGUCGAUGCUGUGGAAUUACACUGAUAGCUAUGUGUUGCCAUCCAUGUUGUCAUGGCUGAAAUAG